AUGAUGAGCGCGGGGCUGUUCGGCGAGGCGGCGGAGGGGGGCUCGGCGGGGGCGACGGCGGCGCUGCGCAACGACCUGGGCUCCAACAUCCACCUGCUGAAGGGGCUCAACGUGCGCUUCCGCUGCUUCCUGGCCAAGGUGCACGAGCUGGAGCGCCGCAACCGCCUCCUGGAGAAGCAGCUGCAGGCCCAGCAGCAGCAGCACAGCCGCCUCCGCUACAAGCGCUUCCCCCGCCACCAGGCCACGCAGACCGGCCCCGACCCCCCGCCGCCGCCCCCCGCCGCCCCGCAGCCCCCCCCGCCCCAGCCCUACGGCCGCCUGCCCGGCACCAUCUGGAGCUACACGCAGGUGCGGCGCACGGGCGGCGGCGCCCUCGAGACCCUGCAGGGGCCCGGCGUCUCCUGGCUCCACCCCGACGGCGUCGGCGUCCAGAUCGACACCAUCACCCCCGAGAUCCGCGCCCUCUACAACGUCCUCGCCAAAGUCAAGCGCGAGAGGGACGACUACAAGCGCCGAUGGGAAGAAGAACUGGCAAAGCGAAAACAUUUGGAAUCAAUGGUAGAGACGCUGCAAGAGGAAGCUCAAGAAGCUGAAGCGCUCCAGGAGGAGUUAAAUGAGAAGAUUGAGAGGCUGAAAGCUGAGCUGGUUGUCUUCAAGGGUCUUAUGAGUGAUCCUAUGACAGACCUGGACACAAAGAUCCAAGAAAAAGCCAUGAAAGUGGACAUGGACAUCUGCCGAAGGAUCGAUAUCACAGCCAAGCUGUGCGAUGUAGCCCAGCAGCGCAACUCUGAAGACGUUUCCAAGAUAUUCCAGGUGGCUUCAAAAAAGAAAGAGCGGAAGGUGGCACUGGAGGAGGACCUCUCUGAGCAGGACGUGGACAAUGGCAGGUUCUCGGACGACGAAGUCAGCUGUUCGCUGAACAUCACGGAUGAAAUGAAGAGGAUGUUUAAUCAGCUACGCGAAACCUUUGAUUUUGAUGAUGACUGCGACAGCUUGACAUGGGAGGAGAAUGAGGACACUUUGCUUCUCUGGGAAGACUUCACCAACUGCAACCCCUCGAUUGAUCUCCCGGGAGAGCAGGAGGAGAACUUGGGCAACUUGAUCCAUGAAACGGAGUCUUUCUUCAAAACAAGAGACAAAGAGUAUCAAGAGACAAUAGGGCAGAUUGAGCUGGAGCUGGCCACGGCCAAGAGCGACAUGAACCGCCACCUCCACGAGUACAUGGAAAUGUGUAGCAUGAAGCGGGGCCUGGAUGUGCAGAUGGAGACCUGUCGCCGGCUCAUUAAAGGCUCUGCGGAAAGAAACUCCCCCUCUCCCAGCUCUUUAGCCAGCAGUGACUCAGGAAACACGGACGAGAUUCAAGAUGAGUUUGACAGAGAAGCAGAUGUGGAGCCGAUGGUCAGCUGAUGAAGACCCAGAGGGUUCCGAUGAAAAGGGAGGAGGAAACAAAAAAACUUUGGAAAAGGAUCGUGUUCAGAAACAUUGAGACAUCAAAGACUUCCAAGCCCUGGCCGAGGGUUCCUGAAGAUCAGUGCACUUUCCACCCCAUCUGAGGAUUGGUGCUGUAAUAAUUUCUAUUGUACAAACGACAAAUGUGGAGUCCUGCGGGAGGAAAACCGAUGUUUUAAUUGUGCCUUUGCCCCAAGCUGAGCCACUUGGCGCUCUCCUGUAUUCUAACCGUUCUUUUUGUAAUAACAAACACAGUAGCAAAGGGAUGUGUUGAUGGCAGAAGUGCAGGACUUCCAGGAGCUGUUGCGCAGUGCACGGUGGGGGGGGGGUGCUGACAGAUCUAUCUACUGAUGUCCAGUCGCAACACUCCGUCGUGGUCUUCUAGCGGUGCCUGCUGCCAGCUCAGGUACUUCGGCCGGUCUGUUCCGAGAGCCCCCCAUGGCACGUGGGAGGAGACUUCCCAGCGACCUGCACAAAACUGUUCUGCCGGAGUUCAGAGUUCGUCAGGAGGGAGUGCUCAGCGUGGCGGCAAGGCCCGCCGGAAAGUGUAGGCCGGUGGUGGGGACUGUCACUGUUAACGUCUAUGCAAAAAAACCAACAGCACUCGCCUUAUUCCUGUGGAAUGUUUGGUCCUCGCUGGGCUUCUGUGUCUCUUGGCAGAAGGGAAGCUGCCCGUCCCGGUUUUGCACAUCGCUGCGGUCUGUGGAGCGCCCAGGCUGGUGUGUCACAGUUGCAGCUUUCUGUGAUCCUUCCGUUCCUGAAUGACUUCUUUCCUUUUUGCCUUGUUUUUUUGGGGGGGUCAUCUCCUUUUAGCCACCAGUGCUUUUUCCUAAAGAAGUUGCUGUUGGGGAGGGGGACUCUACUUUUGUGCAGUUUUCAUCAACUUGGAGCAUGACAGCCGUUCUUGCGGGACAAGCUCACUCGCCAUCCUGUGGAUCAGUGUUAAGUAAUUUAUGGGUGUCCCUGGCCCAUGUCUGAAGCACCUCUGGCUCUCUGUGGCUGCCAGAACUGCAGCCGCCGUCAGCUGCCUUUGUUUUCUCACGGGGGGUGUGAGUGUGUGGGUGAGGGGGAGAUUCUGGCACGUGCAAUAGCAAUAACAGUGAAAGGGCAGCAGCUUUGGCUGGCAAGGCCUUGGUGGACGGGCAGGAAGCACAGUUCUAGAUGUAUGCCUCAGGCACGGCACUCUAGUCUGUGCCUGUUCUUCAGAUACGCUGAGAAUCAGUGUAUGGUGCAGGGUUUUUCAAAGAAUUCCAGUGUAUCGGUGUUGACUCCCUCAAACGGAGGGGUAGCAGCAGUGUGCUUUUUCUCUGGCAAAGGCAGUGCCACUGAGCCUGGCCAGUAUUGCCCUCUAUGCCCUGACUUCUGCAUCAGAAGGCCAUUUGCCAAACAGCUCUCUAGGCCUUGGGGGUAGCCUCUUUGCCAUCUUGAUCCGUUUGCUGUGGCUUUCAAGCCACAGGAAGGAACGGCCAGAUUCGGAGGCAUAACGGAAGUCCCA